AUGAGCACGAAUGUUUGUACUCCAGUCAUGGGUGUUUAUAUUUAUAAUAUAUACUUCGUUAGCACCAUACUGCAGUUCCAAAUACACCGUGCUUUGUGCGAGAGAACAGGCCAAUUUAUCCCGGGAGAUCCCUCUCGUCCUUUACACAAGUGCGACAUCUACCGGAAUCCGGAAGCUGGCAGAAUACUAACACGUAUUAUGGAGCGUGGUUCUUCCCUGCCCUGGGCUCAACUUCUCCAAGACACGAUUGGGGAGACCAGGUUGAAUGGGGAAGCUUUACGUGACUACUUUAGACCCUUGGAAGAGUGGCUUCGUAGUGAGAAUCUUAGGACAGGGGAGUACUUAGGGUGGAGCUAUGAUGGCGAUUAUUGCAAAUUCAGUAUUGAAACGGCUGGUCUUCAAGUAUAUGGGGGCUUUUACAACGCAGCGAGCACUAACUUUGGCGUCACAAGCUUUGUUACCAUUCUACUCUCAAGUGCUAUUACGACGUUUAUUGGACUACGAAGA